UUCUUCUUCUGUGGUCAGCUGAUCCUGAAGUCAGACAGACGUUGGAAAUGUUCAGCGUAAAGUAGCUUUUAGCGGCUUCUCCUCCAACGGAGCGUUUUAUUUCCUCCCACUGACGCUAGUUUAAUAGUUUUACCGACCGGUUAACGGGUAAGAAUGGGACGAGUUACUGGUUCCUCUCCGUUAGCUUCAGUGCUAAAGUCAGGGUUUUAACGUGUUGCUACGAUCAGUUAGCCUUCUGCUGGGUAGCUAGUUUACUGGUCCAUCUCCUGGUCCAUCUCCUAGUUAACUGGUCCACCUGAGAUGGUCUGAGGGUGUUUUUAUGAAGCCAGAAGAAGAUGAGAUGGAAGACAGCGAUGGAGAAGACCUGAUGGAAACACCUGAGCUGCCCCUGGAGAUCAUCGUUUACAUCCUGAGUUUCCUCCACGCCUCAGACAGAAAGGAGGCGUCUCUGGUGUGCCGGAGCUGGUACGAUGCCAGCCAGGAUCUGAGGUUUCAGAAGAACGUCACCUUCUGCUUCCCGGCUUCAGCCUCGUCCCUGGAGCUGGUCAGAGGUCUGGGCAGGAAGUCCCGCUGCAGCCUGAUCAUCAGCCAGCUGGAUGGCUUCAGCAUUUCCAGGUCGCUUCUUCUGGAGGUGGGUCGUUCCCUGGGCUCUAAGGUGGACAGCCUGGCCCUACCUGGCAGCAGUAUAACCGAGGCAUCUCUGUUGGCCCUACUCCCUUGCCUCACCUCCCUUCGCCGGUUGGACCUCCGAGGUCUGGACAGCCUCUUCAUGUCUGGAGCUUUUCUGUCCAGAGAGGAGCACCGACAUCAGGUCCGGUCGGCUCUGUGUGGUCUGGAGGACCUGGACCUGUCCGGCCUCCGCUACCUGUCUGAUCUCGCCUUUAACCGGCUCACCGGCUGCACCCCGUCCCUCCGCCGCCUCUCGCUGGCCGGAUGCCACAUUGCUUUUGAGUUUGACCCAUACCGAGGAUGCCCGGUGGGGGCCGUCCAGGACUCCUCGGCUCUGCUGUCGCUGAGGAACUUGAGGAAACUGUUAACAGAGCAGAAAUCCACCCUGGUAGCUCUGGACCUCAGCAGAACCUCCAUCACUCCUGAGUCACUGCGCUGUAUUGCACAGGUUCCAGGCUUAGUCCUCAAUGAGCUGCAUCUGCACAGCUGUAAGGAGCUGACUGACUACUCAGUGGAAGUUCUGGUGAAGCACCAGCCGGGCCUCCUCAAACUGGACAUCAGCAGCUGCACCGAGCUGACCAGCAGGUCUGUGGAGGCCAUCGCCCAGGGCCUGAAGUCCCUGACGGACCUGUCGCUGUCCCGGGACUGGAGGAUCACGGAGAAAGGCCUCGCUGAGCUGCUGUCGCUGCCGUCUCUGAGGACUCUGGAUCUGUCCGAGUGUCUGCACAUCAAUGGAACAGAGAUCGUGAAAGGCCUGAAGGGAUCCAACGCCGCCACAGCAAAGCUGGAGGCCCUGAGUCUGAGAAGCUGCAGCUACAUCAGGGAUCUUGCAGUUUUCUCUCUCACCCAGCUGCUUGGGGAUUCUCUCCGUGAGUUGGACCUGACAUCCUGUGACAACGUGACCGACCUGUCGGUGCGCGCCGUCGCCACCUACUUGCAGAAGCUGGUAGUUCUGCGGCUGGGCUGGUGUAAAGAAGUGACGGAUUGGGGUCUGCUGGGGAUGGUGCAGACGGCCAAAUGUGAGCUGGAUGAGGACGCAGCAGAUGAGGGUCCCAGGUUCACCCGAACCUUCGGCAACAUGGGCUUCUUCAAGCCUCCUCGUAUGCCCUUUGAGGAUCGGCCCAAGCUGGUCACUCAGAACGACCUGGAGCAGUUCAAGCACCAGUCUGGAGCUUCGCUUUUAGCUCUGAACCGGCUGCAGGAGCUGGACCUGUCGGCCUGCUCCAAGCUCACCGACAGCAGCAUCAUUCAGGUGGUUCAUUACCCGGAUCUCCACCGUCUGUCUCUGUCCAUGCUGCCUGACAUCACCGACGCCAGCUUGGCAUCGGUUGCCUGGCGCUGCCGCAGCCUCACCAGCCUGGCGCUCAGCCACUGCCCGGGCAUCAGCGACCGAGGACUAGCUCAGGCUGCUCCAUACCUCCACCGAUUGCAGCAUCUCUACCUCUCCUGCUGCACCAACAUCACCGACAGGUCCUUGUUCCUUCUGCUGGAGCACUGUAAGCGUCUGAGGACACUCGACAUCUCAAGGUGCAAAAACAUCUCCUCAACAACAGUGGAGCUCCUCCAGUCACAGCUGCCCUUCCUGGAAAACAUCCAGUCCAGGUUCAUCGGUGGAGCUGAUCUCAUCCCAGCACUCUGAAUCUCCUGGACCAGACUUUCACACAAACUGACCAAAGCCUGCUCUGAGUCCAACUUUUGCACAUUUCAGCAUUUUGCACAAGAACUGAAAGAAAUGUAGAUGAAUUGUUGGCUUACAGAGAAACUUCUGUAAGUAAAUCUAGACUGAAAGCCACUCUGUAAGGGUUCGGGUCUACAUCAUAAAUCUAGACUUAAAGCCACUCUGUAAGCGUUCGGAUUUACGUCAUGAAUCUAGACUUAAAGCCACUCUGUAAGGGUUAGGGUUCGGGUCUACGUCAUCAAUCCAGACUUAAAGCCACUCUGUAAGGGUUCGGGUUUACGUUGUAAAUCUAGACUCAAAACCACUCUGUACGGGUUCAGGUUUACGUCGUAAAUCUAGACUCAAAUCCAUUCUGUACGGGUUCGGGUCUACGUCGUAAAUCUAGACUUAAAACCACUCUGUAAGGGUUAGGGUUCGGGUUUACGUCGUAAAUCUAGACUUAAAGCCACUCUGUAAGGGUUCGGGUUCAGGUUUACGUCGUAAAUCUAGACUUUAAGCCACUCUGUACGGGUUCAGGUUUACGUCGUAAAUCUAGACUUAAAGCCACUCUGUAAGGGUUCAGGUUUACGUCGUAAAUCUAGACUUAAAGCCACUCUGUACGGGUUCAGGUUUACGUCGUAAAUCUAGACUUAAAGCCACUCUGUAAGGGUUAGGGUUCGGGUGUACGUCGUAAAUCUAGACUUUAAGCCACUCUGUACGGGUUCAGGUUUACGUCGUAAAUCUAGACUUAAAGCCACUCUGUAAGGGUUCGGGUUCAGGUUUACGUCGUAAAUCUAGACUUUAAGCCACUCUGUACGGGUUCAGGUUUACGUCGUAAAUCUAGACUUAAAGCCACUCUGUAAGGGUUAGGGUUCGGGUGUACGUCACACUUUAUGAGAAUAGAUUCGCUGUUCUGUCUGGAGCAGCACCACUAAUAUUAACUUUUAGAAGUCUGGAUGUUUUAUGUGCUGCAGAUGUGAUCUGAGGAAUUAAUUUCAAGGUUCUUUAUCCUGAAAACAGAAACACACUGAAAGAAGGAAAUAUGAGGUAAAUAUUCAGAAUGUCACUAAAACAUCUAAUAGUAGCAUGGUGCUUUUAUCUAAGAAUGUCCAAGCAAGAAAUGAAGGUUAGACAGAAAUAUUAAGACAGAAGCUGUCCAUAAAUGGAAAGGUAAUUAUUGAAUAUAUAUCUGUAUUUAUGAAGUAGUUAAUCAUUCUGAACUAACGUGAUUUCAGGUGACAGAUGAACUGUGGGAUAUAUUCUGAUAUCUAAAUAAUAUUUUGGCUUUUUUUUCUCGACGUGAGCAGAUUUCCCUAAAAGGAGCUUAGCUGAAAUGCUAACGCUGACUUUGGUCACAGAGCUUUGCAUUUUUUUCUCAAUCAUUUAUUUUUUUAUUCAAAAAGCAAACUUUACUGGGGAUUUUUAAUUUUUUUUCUGAAAAAUCACAGUUCUGUGCUGCUAAACAAAUUUAGAGUAGAUAUUAAGUGAAACAGUGAGUUAGAGUUUAGGUAAAGUUCAGUUACUGCAAAGUUAAAGUGAAUGAAUUAAACCUU